AUGUGCCUACCAGGGAAGCAGAAGAUUCUUUCCACAGUUGUGAAGGAGGAACUAGUCAAAUGCAUGAGCAAGGAGAACGUCAUCAAUCGGAUCACAGGAGAGAGGAAUGAAAUCACCAGACUUGGGGGUCAACGAUCCCACAGACUGAGAGCGACAGAGAUAGCAUCAGUGAAUGGUUUCUUGCUCGUGCAAGAUCAGGUCUUCUGGCGGGAAUUUCGGAGGUCAACUAGCAAUCAACAGGAAAAGUUCAAUGCCCUCUUUUUGAGGCAAUUGGGGCACGUCACCAACAUGCCAUCAGCUGAUUGGGUUGUAAACAAGACUGAUGUUCCUAUACCUCACGAAGACUAUGAGAACAAAAUGCUAAACAUAGUAUCAGACGAGUCAACAUACAAGAAAAUACCAAUGUCCAAGACAAUCACUACAGAAAACAAGAACAAUGCGUUGGUGAAAAAACUGUACGAUAGAGGACACAUUGAUCCUAUCACUAGACGACAACUUACCACGCACAAUUCAAGGACCCCUAGGAUUUAUGGACUCCCCAAAAUCCACAAACCAGAUACUCCCUUAAGACCUAUUGCAUCAUGCAUAAAAUCACCCACAUACAGUCUCUCUAAAUUCCUGAUACACAUUCUCAGGCAAGCAACCAAUUUAGGAGGAUACAGCGUGAAGGACUCGUACGAGUUUGUGGAUAGAGUCUGUAACACAGAAGUACCCGAAGGAUACAUAAUGAUCAGUUUGGAUGUGGUAUCCCUAUUUCCAAACAUCCCACGUCAGCUGGCAAUGGAAAUAGUAGAUGAACUCUGGAAUUCUAACAAAAUCAACACAGAUAUCAGUAAGGAUCUCUUCGAACAAAUGCUACGCCUAUGCCUCGAAACAAGCUACUUUACAUACAAUGAUCAACAUUAUGUCCAAAUUGAUGGAAUGCCCAUGGGUGGCCCGCUUUCCCCAGUGAUUGCAGAUAUUGUUAUGGAUCAUGUAUUGAUCAACAUAACCCAAAGAAUCCCAUUCCAAAUUGUCUGCCUGACUAAAUAUGUGGAUGAUUUGUUCUGCCUGAUCCCACAUGACAAAUCCGAUGAAGUCCUAUCGUACUUUAAUAACUACCAUGAAAAACUCCAAUUCACAAUUGAAAAAGAAGUUGAUGGAGCCAUACCAUAUCUGGAUACAUACGUAGUGAGACAAGAAUCAUGCAUGCGUACAAUGUGGUACAAAAAGCCGAUAGCAUCGGACAGGAUGCUAAAUUAUCACUCAAACCAUCCUUUACAACAAAAAGUCAGCACUGCGAUUGGUCUCAUUAACCGGGUUCUCAAGUUAACAACAGCCAAUACAGACAAUACGAAGAACAUAAUUAUUACGAAAUUAAAAAUGAAUGGUUUCCCGACUAGAUUAAUCAAUGCUCUCUGGAACACCCACAACAACAACACAAAUCACAACACAACACGAGAGGACACAAAUCCAAAUGACGUCACAUAUAGAUCCAUAAUGUACAUACCAACACUCAGUGACAAGAUCCGAAAAAUACUAAGAUCGGAAAUGAAUGAAUUAAAAAUAUCAUUUAAAUGUCGCAAUACGAAUCACAAACUACACACUAAUCUCAAAGAUAAAAUCAACCCUUUAGCAGAUAGUGGAGUGGUCUAUCAGAUCCCAUGCGAAUGUGGUAAAACGUAUGUGGGGAAGCAGAAGAUUCUUUCCACAGUUGUGAAGGAGGAACUAGUCAAAUGCAUGAGCAAGGAGAACGUCAUCAAUCGGAUCACAGGAGAGAGGAAUGAAAUCACCAGACUUGGGGGUCAACGAUCCCACGUAACGGAAUAG